AUGUCAAACAAGGUUCUCGGAAUCUCUAAAGAUGCCACUCAGCAGCAGAUCCGUACCGCAUACAAAAGGGAGUCAUUAAAAUCCCACCCAGAUAGAGUCCCUGCAGACUCUCCCGAACGACCUGCUAGAACGCGAAAAUUCCAGGAUAUUAACGACGCUUAUUAUACCCUCUCUGACCCAAACCGCCGACGGGAAUAUGACACUACUCGCGCAUACGAACAAGCCGAAGAGGAAGUCAACGACGAUGUACCUCAUGGCGGUGCUGGAGGUUUCCCAUGGUCGACCUUUGGAUUUGGUAAUGGCGGUGAUCAUGAAGAGCGCAAUUCUCAUCAGUUUGGCUCUGUAUUUGAGGAAAUGUUACGCGAAGAGGGUUUGGCUGAGGAUGGGGGGAAUGGUCGAACCCGCCCUACGUCGCGAUUCUGGUCUGUUGUUGGUGGUAUGAGUGGGGGUGCACUAGGAUUCAUUGUAGGCAACUUUCCUGGAGCAGUUGCAGGAGCAGUGGCGGGUAACCGUCUAGGCGCUGUUCGUGAUGCCAAGGGGAAAAGUGUCUAUGAAGUUUUCUUGGACCUUCCACAGCCAGAUCGGACAACUCUCUUGAGUGAAUUGGCGACGAAGAUGUUUCAGUCUGCAAUGGGACACUAA